UAUAGUUCUGACAGUAGACUGAAGGAGGAUUGUGAUUUGUGAGGCAAGGCAGCAAGCUCAGUCGACCGCCGGCUUUCGACGCGACUGCCGCCUGCUUCACAUAGAAACGCAUCAUCGAAAGGCAAGAUGAAGGGUCUUCUUGCGUUGGCCCUCGUGAUCGCGGUCAUUUGCACCGCCGACGCUAGUCGUAUGCGGCGUAGGCACCGCAGGAUCCGCACCACGACUACUGAACGUCCAACGUCGGAGCAGCUCGGCCGCGGGGACAUCUCGGAGGCUGAACACAUCGAGCACGGAAUGUCUGAGAGCUUGGACGAGAAGCGAUACCAUGAGGCAGAAAUAGCCAGAGUUAACGACCUUCUCAACGAGGUCUCUAAUGAAGAGAAUGAAGACGAAGAAAUCAACAUGGAAGACCCUUGCCUGAAAGUCCACUGCAGCGCAGGACGUGUCUGCGAAAUCAACGAACACGGAGACGCCAUGUGUAACUGCAUCAAGGACUGUCCCUACGAGACAGACUCCAGACGCAUGGUGUGCACAAACUUCAACGAAACCUGGCAAUCGGAUUGCGAAGUAUACCGCCAGCGAUGCUUAUGCCUCGACAACUCGGAUCAGUGCCGUGGCCCGCAAUACCACCACGUUCAAAUCGAGUAUUACGGAACGUGCCGAGAAAUGCCGGACUGCACUGAAAGCGAGAUGUCUGACUUCCCCCGUCGCAUGCGGGACUGGCUUUUCAACAUCAUGCGCGACAUGGCUGAACGUAGAGAGCUGACCCCUCAUUACCUGAAGAUGGAGCGGGAGGCGGAAUCAAACCUCACGCGUCGUUGGGCCAAUGCCGCUAUAUGGAAAUGGUGCGAUCUGGACGCUCAGACCAAUGAUAGAUUCGUGUCCCGUCACGAGCUGUUCCCCAUUAGAGCUCCGCUGAUGGCCCUGGAGCACUGCAUCGCGCCGUUCCUGGACCGCUGCGACGCUGACGACGACCACCGCGUCACUCUCGCCGAGUGGGGCAAGUGCCUCGAACUCGACGAGUUGGAAAUGGAGGAGCGCUGCGACGAUUUCAAUGAAAACGCUGAACACUAUUUGUAGUGCGCCAAUGAUGCUACAAGCACCGCCAUCUUACUUAACAUAAAUUAGAUUACGAAUUAACUAAUUGCUUGUUAAAAAAUAAAACACAAUUUUAAUAAACAAAAUUAGACGUUACUAUUUACUAAGAUACUUCUCAGUCUUCAUUUAUGCGCAGAAUAUGAUAUUAUACUCAUAGGUACUAAAAGUACAUUUUAACCUAUUUUGUAGCAAUGACUUAAUAAUCACUUUGUCCUUAGAAUAAAAUAUAGUAUAGUGAAAAUUAAAUGUGAAAAUUGAUUACAGCACAAG